AUGCGGAAUUCCCAAGUCUCUUUCACCCGCCGGGAAAUCCCCGUUUUGCAAUCCCCGGUUUCCGAACCCCAAUUUUGGUCAAUUCAAACCGACACCUUUCAUCUCGUCUCUUAUUCUCCAGCUGGCCGGAGUGUUCCUAAUUUCGCCUGCCUCACUUUAGCGGAAAAGAAGGUGGAGGAGGACCGCGAAUUCUUCCCCACCACUAAUCAGCUGUUGAAGCAUCCUUUAGCUAUCCUUGCUUUGGUUCCCAAGGAUGCCGCGCUUUUCGCUGCCGGAGCUAUUGCCGGCGCCGCUGCCAAGACCGUCACCGCUCCUCUCGACCGCAUUAAGCUUCUAUUGCAGACUCAUGGGCUUAGAGUUGGGCAAGAUGGCGUUAGAAAGGGUAUUGGAUUCAUUGAGGCAUUUACUUUGAUCGGAAAGGAAGAAGGGAUAAAAGGGUACUGGAAAGGCAACCUUCCCCAGGUGAUACGGAUUAUACCUUACAGCGCAGCUCAGUUGUUUGCAUAUGAAACCUACAAGAAACUAUUUACGGGAAAGGAUGGAAAGCUGUCGGUCAUCGGAAGACUAGCGGCAGGUGCUUGUGCUGGCAUGACUUCAACAUUUAUUACCUAUCCACUAGAUGUUCUUCGACUGAGAUUGGCUGUCGAACCUGGUUAUAGAACUAUGUCACAGGUUGCCUUAAAUAUGCUGAAAGAGGAAGGAGUAGCAUCCUUUUAUAAUGGUCUAGGGCCUUCUCUUAUUGGAAUAGCACCGUACAUUGCAGUAAACUUUUGUGUGUUUGACCUAGUGAAGAAAGCUCUUCCUGAAGACUAUCAGAAACGAACAGAAGCAUCCCUCUUAACAGGUUUGAUAUCAGCUACUGUUGCCACGGUUAUGUGCUAUCCUCUGGAUACAGUCCGAAGACAAAUGCAAAUGAAAGGCACACCCUAUAAGACAAUUUUGGAUGCUUUUCCAGGUAUUGUGGAACGUGAUGGCUUAGUUGGCUUGUACCGGGGCUUUGUGCCCAAUGCAUUAAAAACUCUACCAAAUAGCAGCAUAAGACUGACCACCUUCGACUCUGUUAAGCGUUUGAUUGCUGCCGGUGAAAAGGAGCUUCAGAAAAUUGUAGAGGGAAAUCGAAAGAAGGAAAGCAUGUCUCCAAGCAGUAGUGCAAAUUAA